CGGGUUGGAGUCUGCGGGAGAGGCGCGGAGCUUUCAAGUGGGGUUUGCUGCUGUAGCCUCACGCUUAGUUUAGCUUAGCUUAGCAGGAGCCCGGCGGGACACGGAGAUGGAGGUGGCCGCGAAUUGCUCCCUGCGAGUCAAGAGGCCCCUGCUGGAUCCUCGCUUCGAGGGCUACAAGCUGUCCCUGGAGCCGCUGCCCUCUUACCAGCUGGAGCUGGACUCGGCUGUUGCUGAAGUAAAACUUCGAGAUGAUCAAUAUACACUGGAACAUAUGCAUGCUUUUGGAAUGUACAAUUACCUCCACUGUGAUUCAUGGUAUCAAGAUAGUGUCUACUACAUUGAUAACCUUGGAAGAAUUAUGAAUUUAGCUGUUAUGCUGGACACAGCCUUGGGAAAACCUCGAGAAGUAUUUCGACUUCCUACCGAUCUGACAGCCUGUGACAACCGCCUCUGUGCAUCUAUCCAUUUCACGUCCUCUACUUGGGUGACCUUGUCAGACGGAACUGGGAGGUUGUAUCUUAUUGAAACAGGUGAACGCGGGAGUAGCGCUUCUGAAAAAUGGGAGAUUAUGUUUAAUGAAGAGCUUGGGGACCCUUUUAUCAUAAUUCACACUAUCUCACUGCUUAAAGCUGAAGAGCAUUCAAUAGGCAUCCUACUUCUCCGCGUAGAGAGAGAGGAACUGGAGAAGAAAGGAAGUGGUUUUUAUGUUUCUUUGGAGUGGAUCACUAUUAGUCAGAAAAAUGAAGAGAAUAAAAAAUACGAAAUUGUUAAGCGUGACGUUCUCCGUGGGAAGUCAGUGCCCCAUUAUGCUGCUAUCGAGGCUGAUGGGAAAGGUCUCAUGAUUGUCUCCUAUAAGUCCUUCACAUUUGUUCAAGUUGGCAAAGAUCUUGAAGAAAACAAGGAUGAAAUCAUGUCAGAGAAUAUCAAAGAACCUCUGUAUUACUGGCAACAGACUGAAGAUGACCUGACAGUGACAGUGCCACUUCUGGAAAUCAGUGCUAAGGAGGAUAUUCAGGUGCAGUUUCUGCCCGAUUGCAUCCAAAUUGUGGUGAAAGGCCAAGAGAUUUUGAAAGGAAACCUCCAUUCAUCUGUUGAUCAUGAAAGCAGUACGUGGAUAAUUAAAGAGAAUAAUAGCUUGGAGAUUUCUUUGAUUAAGAAGAAUGAAGGACUGAUGUGGCCAGAGCUAAUAGUUGGUGAUGAGCGAGGGGAAGUUAUAAGAGACUCGGCCCAGUGUGCUGCAAUAGCUGAACGCUUGAUGCACUUAACCUCUGAUGAACUGAAUCCCAAUCCAGAUAAAGAAAAACCUCCUUGUAAUGCUCAAGAGUUAGAAGAAUGUGAUAUUUUCUUUGAAGAGAGCUCCAGUUUAUGCAGAUUUGAUGGUCGGACAUUAAAAACUACUCAUGUGGUGAAUCUUGGAAGCAACCAGUACCUCUUCUCUGUUGUUGUGGAUCCUAAAGAAAUGCCUUGUUUCUGUUUGCGCCAUGAUGUCGAUGCCCUGCUCUGGCAGCCACACUCUAGCCAGCAAGAAGAUAUGUGGGAGCACAUUGCAACUUUCAAUGCUUUAGGCUACGUUCAAGCAUCAAAGAGAGACAAAAAAUUUUUUGCCUGUGCUCCAAAUUACUCCUAUGCAGCCCUUUGCGAGUGCCUUCGCCGAGUCUUCAUCUAUCGUCAGCCCACACCCAUGUCCACGGUGCUUUACAACAGAAAGGAAGGCAGACAAGUAGGGCAGGUUGCUAAGCAGCAAGUAGCAAGCCUGGAAACUAAUGAUCCUAUUUUAGGUUUUCAAGCUACAAAUGAGAGAUUAUUUGUUCUCACUACCAAAAACAUCUUUUUAAUAAAGAUAAAUACAGAGAAUUAAGUCCUCAAACCUGUUGGCUUUUUUCUACUGGAAAAGUAGAGUGAUAGCUAGACAGCUGGGCAGUUUAUACUGUAACUGAUAAGAGUUUUCAUGUGUGAGAAAAAAUAUUAUAUGAAUUUUAUUUUUCAAAGGAAUUUAGAAAUAUAUGCAAGAGAUUAUGAGUUUAAAAACCAUACAUUGAACCUACAGAGAAAAUUGACUCUAAAAAUUGGCUUCUGUACAAAUGUAAAGAUAAUAUUAGCAACUGAUGUAUAGUUUAGUGUUUAAAAAUUAAAAGAAUAUGGUAUACUCUUUGUUUAUUGAUAGUUCAUAUGUCUAUAAUGGUUAAAAUUCCUAGUUUUUAAAUACUUAUUUUUUUCAGUGAACUGUAGAGUUGAGGGAAAAGUACAGCAGAAGGAUGACAGAUCUAAUGUUCAAAAAUUCUGGAACUGAUAUAGGGCCAGAGCAUUAGUACAGUGUGUAGUUCACUUUCCUUGUACAUGACCAACCUGGAUUCAGUGCCUAGCAUCUUACAUGGUCCUACGUUUGCCAGGAAUGAUCUCUGAAUUCAAAAGGGACCUCUGUGUUUCUUUAAAUUAGCUUUCAUCCAAUUAUUCUCUCCAGCGAAGCAGAACACUUACCCAUUGCUGCACACUAGACUCAGAGGUUUAAAACAAGGAUAUCAUACAAUUUUUUAAAUGAUGGGGAGAUAUGGGUAUCUCUAUUUUUAAUUCUUAUAACGAGAGGGGUGGGAAGAAGAAAACUAAUGUACAAGAGCACAUGCUUUCACCAUUUUUUUAUCUUUCUUUGUCAAUCUACAUAGUCAGGUCUAGAAGCAGUGUGGGAGGUAGAAGGAUAUGGAUAACAAGAAAUAGGAUUAGUUGGGGGAAUUAGUCAAAUGGGAGUCUACCAUAUAAAUUACAAUUGUCCCUAAAGAGGGA